ACUUUUUAAGUUGUUCGUUUAUGAAUGUGUGGGAGGAAAGAAUUGAGGUUAUGGAUUUAGCUUGAAACGAAAAUAAUUUAGCAAAUUUAGACUAUGAAUAGACAUAAAUGUGAAUGAAAAUCCAGACGAAAUGGCACUGCUCGGCGCUCAAUUAGUUAUCACACUGAUUAUGGUAUCAGUGAUACAAAAGUUGGGAAGUUACUCGUUCGCAAGAUGGUUACUAUGCUCACAAAGGUUAUACAGAUACUUGUAUCCUACAAACAGUGAGUUAAAGAGUUUGGCAGGAGUUCCAAAAGAAUCUUCGAAGGGUAAGAAAGGAGGUAAACAUGAGUCGAAUGGGAAGCCGGAGACUUUCCAUGUUCCUCGAAGUCUGGAUAUACAGCUGGAGACGGCGCCCGUGACUCCUUUGGAUGUGGUACACUUGAGGUUUUAUACUGAGUAUGUGUGGAUUGUAGAUUUUUCACUGUACACAGCCAUAGUGUAUCUUAUGUCAGAGGUGUACACUUCAGUAUUCCCACUCAAGGAUGAGUUCAACUUGAGUAUGGUGUGGUGCCUUCUAGUUGUGCUGUUCUCUUUUAAAAUCUUACUAAGCUUGACAAAGCAGUACUUUACAAGUGAUGAGUCCAUCGGUGAACGUUCCACCUGCAUAGUGGCCUUCUGUGUGUUCCUGCUGGUUGCUAUGAUGGUGCUCAUCGUCAGUGAUGCCAACCUUGAAGUGGGAGUCGACCCUGCUUAUGACAGUUUCUAUGAAAAUGCCUCAAAGUUCCUUGAAAACCAAGGCUUGUCCUCUGUGGGUCCAGCCUCAAAGUUAAUAUUAAAAUUUUUCUUUGCUGUGUGGGCAGCUAUUAUUGGGACUUUAUUCACCUUCCCUGGAUUAAGAGUCGCCAGGAUGCAUUGGGACUCACUUAGAUACUAUGGAGACAAUAAAAUGAAAUCACUACUGCUCAACUUUAAUUUUGCAAUGCCAUUUGUGUUAGUAUUGUUGUGGGUGCGUCCCAUUACAAGGCAUUACCUUACAGUCAGAGUGUUCAGUGGGAUGGAGAAACCAUUAAUGACAUCGGACGCGUUCGACACGAUGCGUAUAAUGCUAGUGGCGAGCACAAUCGUUAUCCGGCUGGCAUUGAUGCCGCGUCAGUUGCAGGCUUACUUAGACAUGGCACAACGUCGUCUAGAUGUGCAAAAGAAAGAAGCUGGCAGAAUUACUAACAUUGACCUGCAGAAGAAAAUUGCAUCAGUAUUCUACUACCUAUGUGUAGUAGCCCUCCAGUACAUCUGUCCUAUCAUUAUGUGUCUGUACAUGGCUCUGAUGUACAAGACCCUCGGUGGGUACACAUGGACCGGACUCUUCUAUGAAAGCCAAGAAGUCUGUACCAUGGAUGAUAAAACACCAACAGUGACUGACAGUAUAGUAGAAGGAGAUGGUAUUGAACAGUUCCAGCUUGCUUGGGAGAAUUUGAAAAUGGUAUUCACAGUAGACGUGUAUCGAGGCGUGUUCGGCUUCGCGACGUGGUGGUGCUGCUUCGCCUGGUUCCUCACAACGUCUCUUGGCCUCGCCUACCAAACCUAUUUCAGAAUCUCGUGAUAUACAGACUCUGUAGUCAUUAGAGUUCUAGUCACAAGUUGAAUUAUUUUGUGCGAGUAAAAAAGAUUGGUUGUAACUUGUAAGAUGAAUGAUAUUUCCUGUUACUGAACAUAUUUAAGUGAACCCUUAAUCUGUAUUGUAAAAACAUUAAUCAUUACGUAGAUAAAGAUACAAAAUGACAUGAAAGAAAUGUAAAUAUGGUUACACAGUAAAAAUACAUUAUAUUUGUUUAUAUAGGUUGUCUAUAAUGUGUUAUGUAAUGUCCAAAGAGUAUAUAAACUUCAAUACUACAAUAGCAAGUCCUUGACACAGAUAUCGAAGAGAAGUUGUUUUAAGAUCUCAACGAUUUCAUUUACAUUGUGUAUAAUACUUUUUGUUGAGAUUUUGUUGCACAAUACUACUGAAAUAGUAUGUAAUGGCAAUGGGGCAAGUAUUGUGUUAUUCUUGUUUUAACGUGUGUGAAUCCCUUGAUUUUGGUCUUCCUACAGCAAUGAUACAUACCCUUUUGACAAGUGAGCUACUGAAAUAUAGAUAGCAAACUUAUUGUUGUGGCUAUUUAAUCAUGAUGCAACAUUCUUACUGAUUGAAUUCACUCUUAAUCAUAUUUUUUUUGCCAAUUCAUUGUGAGUCAACUGUACAAAAACUAUUAGUAUGUUAUGUACAUAAUAGGUCUAGCACAAAAUGCUUUCUAUAUGAAUCUGGAAAUUCUGAAAUAAGAAUUGAAUCUAGGUGGUUGUGUAGGAUUAGGAAUGUUCUAUUUAUUAUUGAUUUGUAUUGUAUUGGACUGUUUUAUAAUAAAUACUGAAAAUUA